AUGCCAUUCGUCAAACUACAGGAGCGGGUUGUGACGCUGAUCAGCAAAGAAUGCCAGCAGAGAGGAGAGAGGGACAUAGAUAUGGUGUUGCCAUGGUUACGUAAGAAAAGCGAGCUUCUUCAAGGACUUGAUACAGACGUGCUGAAGGAUGUGAUCAGGAACUGCAGCUACCGCCACUCCACCAUGGACGACAUCCUCAUCAGACAGGGCGACAAGGGGGACUGCUUCUUCAUCAUGUUGUCCGGGCGUACCUCUGUCUACAUCGACACCAUCAGAUCUGACGACGAUGAUCUCUAUCGCCCCAGCUCAGCCAAGGACGAGGAUGUCGGCAUGGAUGACAUCCACGGCACUAAGGGAAAGCGAAGGAAACCUUUAGACCGGACGAAAUAUGGGAAGUUCAUCAUGCAUUUUGAUGCAGGUAAGAGUUUCGGUGAGAUUGCCCUGAUUAGCGAGGAUGCUGUCCGCAACGCCACCAUCAUCACUGACUAUGAGACUGAUCUCCUGGUCAUCUCCAGGGACCUCUUCAACAGAUCGGUCAAGGCGAAGCAGGAGGAGGAGUAUCGGGAGCGGAGGUCGUUUGUGAACACGUGUCCCCUCUUCUCCCAUUGGUCGCCCAGACUUAGGAGACUCUGUGAGAUGAGUCUGAGAAAGGAGACACACCCCUACGGGUCCGUCAUAGCCACCCAGGGGCACCCCUCCACUGGUCUGAUCUUCAUUCUGAGCGGUCAAGCCAAACUGGUCCUGGAGCCGUCAAAGCACGUGACGCAAUACACCAAGAUCAUGAGGCCCCAGAACGCAGCAAUAUACAAACAGUACAAGACUGUAAAUGCAGACGGUUCUGUGAAUAAAGAAAGCGUGACGUCAGACCAAAUCCGAGUCAGACGGAAGGAGGGGUACGCUGCUGCCGAGAGACGGGUCAUGUCAAGAUAUGUUAACUUAUGCUGCGUGGAGGAAAACGAGAUUGUUGGUGAUAUAGAGAUGAGUCUGGAUCUGGAGACAAACAUUGGGACUCUCAUCUCCACAGAGAACACCGAGAUCUUCAUCCUCAACAGCAAGAACUAUGAGCGUCUGGUUCAGAAGAAGAACCCACACACGGCGGAGACGCUGAAGAUGGAGGCGUACCGGAAGGUGUGCGGCCGACUCUGCACCACCACGGGGGCACAGAUACCGGUCCUCAAGAAGCUUCAGGGCGUGCUCCAGGAUAUGCUCCCUCAUCCUGAACUCUACCUUAGAAGAGCUGACCACAGGAGCAAGGAGUUGAUACACCUCAUCGACAUGUUCCUCAAGGAUAAGGGUCCGUUUAUCCAACCAGUAUUGCCUGAUGCUAUAUACUAUAAGCAGCGGUCGGCAGAGAAAGCUAAAAAGAUUGUCGCUAAUGCUGCGCGAUUUCGGAAAUCAAAUGAUCCACGCGGGAAACCAACCAGGAUGCCAAGAAGUUUGGAUAAGUUAAGAAACAACAUCGAUGCUGAGAUUGAACUCUUAGGUUACAGACCUAGAUCAACAGCAAACGUUGCUCUGGGAGAUGAUGGGGUUUACAGGCCUCUGUCGUCUGCGCUUACUCAGUCGGGGGGAAAGAGUUCCCAGUCUUUCAGACCGUUGACCGCCGCGGGUUCUGUGACGGUAACAAGAUGUGACUUGGAAUAUGAAUUUGGACAGGCACCCCAAAGGGAAGAAACUCCAAACCGUGAUCUGAUUGUUGGAAUUUUUGAAGAGAUGGAACAGUUCCAAAAGGACAAAAAGGAUGAGAGGUCCAGGGUGAUAUGUUCGUGUGUGAGGAAGAAGAAUGAGAACAAGAGGCCUGAGGUGGUUUGUGAUGAUGUGGAUGACGAGGAAUACUUUGACUGGGAAACGAGUGACUCAAAUCUCUGUGUUCUCGAGAACAGGAUCAAGUCUUUCUGUGAUCAAGGAACACAUUCAAUGUCAAAAGAUAGGAACCAUAUUUCAGAACUCAGGAGAUUUCAAAUUGAGCGUCCCCAAUACGUGCCUAUCCCGGGAGGGUCUGUCUUUGUCCACCGACGGCCGUGUCGGUACCCCGUAGACACCCCCGUCAAUCCAGCACUACACCAGCAUGUUAGACGCUUCAUGUUAUCCAGAAAGAGACACCACAUUGGCACAGACACCGUCUGUCUGAGUGACACCAGGCCCCUCUCUGGUCGGGUGCGCGCUGGGUUUUGA